CUCUGAAGUUCUGCCGAAUGCCCCAACCAGAACGGCUUUCGAACACGUGAUGCAUGGGGCAGGUCUGGGAAAUUUUGCCGGUGGUCAGGAGGACGUUGCAGCAGCAGUAGUUAAAACAGAGAUAGGGGAGUUGCUGAGCAGAGCAGAAUCCUCUCCCAUCGGAAUCGAGAAAAACAAAAUAAAUAAAUCAUGCCUCACCCUAUAAACGUGACGUCUAUCAUUAAAAAUGACAAACAAGGGCAUCGAGUGCUUUUGCAUACACUACAUUGAAGAAAUGAUUAUGUUUCCGUCACUUAAGUGGUACUGAGGUGGAGACAGCGAUCUGGAACAAGAGUCACAGCAUCCACAAUUAGACAGAUCCAAAGUGCUCAGCCCUUCUGCCUGCUGGGUCUGGUGAAAAUAAAUAGCUAGAAUACACACCUUGGAUAUCCAACAAGAAGAGACAUUUGUUUUUAUUUCAUCACAUUAUAUCAUUACCCAAGAGUUUUCUAAUAUUUAAUGAAUGCAAGAUUAUCAGCUCAAAUCUGUGCCAUCAUCAGCCUGCAGUUCAGUGCAUUUCUACAAGGCUUGCACCUGGUAGCUGGAGGAUAAGGAAGCCAUGGCCACAAAGCAGCCAUAGCAGGAAGCCUGGUGUCGAGAAACUGGUGCUUUCCUGGAAUACGCCUGGAAUACGGAAGCGCAUAUUUUCAAUUGAGUGUCAUUUUUUUUUUUUUAAAUGGCUUAGUUAAGGAGAAUGGAAAGGAACCAGAAUUACCAGAACACCUUGAUUUGGAAGAGGAAGAGUUCCAACAAGGUAGUUUGUGGUAAAAGCCUCAAAUAAAUGCCAUUGUCAACCGCCUGAGCUUCAGUGGAAUGGAGAUGCUAUGAGCCCUGGUCACUGUGCUCAUCCUGACACUUUUGUAGUUUUUUGGUCGUAGUUAUUUGUCUUCCUCUUUUAAAAAAUAAAUAAAAUAAUUCAACGGAAUGUCCGUGGACAAAGCGGUGCGGGCGAAGAUGAAGACGGAGGAUGCGAGCGGGGGGCGGGACCAGGGCGGAGCGGGAGUUGUCCAUGACGACCACCUGCGGAGCCUGAAGGCCCUCACCAAGCGGCUCCGGCUGGAGACGGGGCGGCCCUCGUACCCCGAGUGGAAGGCCCAGGUCGAGGCCCAGCGGGGAAAGGGCCUUGGGGGUGCAGGACAGAGGGAGGAAGAUCCCCGCACCUCGCUGCGCUGGCCCAAACGAUCAGCCCAGGCCCCUGACGCCACCCUGGAGGGUCACCUGCCCACGGGGGGGCUUGGUGGGUUCAGGGAUGUCGACGAGGCCCUCGCCUGGCUCAGGAAAGAGUUGACGGACAUGCGGCUUCAGGACCAGCAGCUGGCCCGGCAACUAAUGCGUCUGCGCAGCGACAUCAACAAGCUGAAGAUCGAGCAGGCCUGCAACCUGCACCGCAAGAUGCUCAACGACGCCACCUACGGGCUGGAGGAGCGGGACGAGCUGUCGGACCUGCUGUGCGAUUUCCCCGUCACGCCAGGCUUCGGCCUCUCUGCGCCACUCAAACUCAUCGGCGUCACCAAGAUGAACAUCAACUCCCGCCGUUUCUCCCUCUGCUAGCAAGAAGCAGAGGUGUGUGCAAUGUGUGAGAGUCAACUCUCUGUGACCUCUGCCUUCAUCCUGGACGUGACGUCGACCAUCAGACGCCGCAGGGCACGGAAGCUCAGUGCUGAGUCUGCCACUACUUGCUGACUGUUUCAGUCAUGGCGCAACCAUGCUUUUGUAAUCAUGUUUUGAAUGUGAUACUCAGUAAUGCCUUAACACCUUGUGAUAUUGAUUGUACAUGAUCAUUAAUGAAGGCUGUGCUGUGUUUUGUGUGUGUGUGUGUGUGUGUGGGUGUGGGUGUGAGAGAGUUAGAGAGAGAGAAAGCGAGAGAAAGAAAGACAGGGA